AUGUCAUCACCCGAUAGCCCUCCCAAGAGGCCCAGACUGUCUCUCCAGAUCAAGGCAAUCUCGAACGGCCCGAGCGUUCGCACUUCUCGCAACCUGGCGGCAGCCGUCAACCCAAGAUCCCCGACGUCCUUCAAUACUCUUUCAAAUGUCUACGUCACCGCCAUAGGCAAAUCUGCACCCGUCGAGGAGCCACUGACCGCCAUCAACGUGAGGAGCAGAGGUCUGCCACUUAAACUUCAGACACAAAAUGUAUCCACCACGGCACAGCCGAUAUCGUCUUUUGGGGUUGGUCCCGAGACACCCUUGACUGCUCAGCCCAUGUCUCCGGCCGUCUUGCAAAACAUAACCUUCCCUAGCACCAUGACUGCUACACCACCAUUGUCUGCUGGUCCGACGGAGCCGGCCGAGGCCAGAGUUUUUACCUUCUCUGCCGAGGAUACUUCAGCCACCAGGCCGAGGACUGACAUGACCUCACAACUCAUGUCUCCCCGAACGCCAAGAAGGCGUACCACAGGACCGGGCACCGGUGGCUCUCGGGCCGCCCCUUACUCUCAUAACCCGCGCUCGCUGCCCAGUAUCCUGCGCAACUCUCCAUUACCACGCCUCCCUACCAUGUCACCCGUUUCUCCAAGGAGGCAGUCCAAGCGUCUGCAGGAAAAGGCCGCUCGCCGGGUGUGCUACAACACCCCGCUGACCCAGACCAUCACGACGAACACGUACACAAAAUCGCACAUCGACCUGCUCUGCGAGGAGGCGUCGCCUUUCUCACCAUCCAAGCCGGCAUCUGAAGACCCCGAGAUCGUUCUGGAUAUCGCCAUGGCUUACACGGGCGACGAGACGCGGGACGGCGGCCAGACGCCCGGCCCAUUCGAGGAGAUGCGGAGGCGAAUGGCCGGCCUGGCAGCUGCCUCGCCGCUGUCUUCCCCAAGCGGCAUCAGGAAGCGCACCUCCAAGAAGCGCGAGAAGAAGCGUCGCUGGGUCUGGACCAUCGGGGUCGAGGACGAGGAGGGCGACGAUGUGGGAGGCGCCGUGGCCGCCUACCGCGCCGCCGAGGCCGCUGCAGCCGGGACGCCCCUGAAAGUGGCGGCCUCGACCAUCGUCAGGGACGAAGAGCGGGAACCCCUCAGUGCGAUACCCAAGCUGUGCGUCGACACGAUGGCCGUGUUCAACCAGCAGCAGAGGGCCUACGAGCAACCAUGCCUGGACGAGAUCACGCCAAGCAUAGAGUCCUCAGACUAUAGCAGCCAGAUUGGCGGCGAGUCGUCGGCGUCGGAAAUGGACGUCGAGAUGUCGGACGUAAGCAGCAUCGCAUCAGACAUGGGCGAGAGCUGCUACGGCGGCAGCCUUAACCCCCAGCAGUCUGACUACGAGCUUGUCACCCCGACGUUGACGAGGUCCAACAAGCGGUUCUGCUCCGGGUCAAGAUUGGGAUCAGAGGAAAUGAUGAGUUUUACGACGGGCAGCCGAAGGGACACGCCCAUCCCAGCGCAUUUGACUUGCUCUUGA